AUGGAUAAUGAAGUAUUUGAGAUUUAUAAAUCCCUAGUACAAACACCCAUCAACUCAAUAAAUUCCCUUGAAUUGGAUUCACAUAUAAAUGUUUUGUCUGAUUUGAAUCUAAAUAAAUUUAAACUAAUAGACACGGAGCUCAUAUUGCACAGCUUAAAGAAUUUACGUAAAAAUAUAGAAAAAUGUUCAGAUUCAAAAACAAUUACAAAUGCUCAAAUUCGAAAAAUAGUUAGCAUAGGAUGGAGAUACAUGUGUUUUGAUGGUUCAGAUGCUAAAAAGGACAUUAUUUUUGAGUUACAUCCGUCAGAAUUUGCAUUGCCUUCACAUUCAAAUGCAUUUAAGAGUAAACCAUUAGAUAAAAAAAAAUCAUCAUUUCAAAGAUCUUUUGAGGAUGCGAUGAAUAAUGUAGAAUUACCACCAGAAGGCGAUCUACAAUGGGAUAAUUCUCGUUCAGUUCAAAGUUGUAUACGUCAUGCUGCCAUAUGUGUCUUAAUUAGGCUUAUAAGAUGUACAGAUUCUCAAAUUAUAUUUCAAUAUUGGCCUUAUUUAAUAUUCCCUGGAAGCCCUUCGCUACGAAAUUGUAUACGAAAUGAUAGUUCAUGGGGUGUUAGAUUUGUAGCACUUGUUGCUUUAGAAGAAUUAAUGGCUUCGGCUAAAUCAUUUUUAAAUUUUGCCGAAAAACCACGGACUGCUAUUACAUCAUUUACAACAUUUUCAGAAACAUUAGGUGCAACUAUAUUAAAAUUGCAUGAUGACUUUUUGUCGAUGUUAUAUAAUUCUAGUAUUCCACUUGUACAACAGAGCUUAAGGUGUUUAUCAGUUUUGAUAUGUUGCACACCCUAUCAGCGAAUGCCGAAUUCUUUAAUAUUAAAAAUAUUAAAAACAAUUCAACCUAUCAAGGAUCAUCCUGAAACAUCAAUAAAGUUCGAAUUUCUAUCAGUAUUGCAAUCAGUUUUAAAUUCGAAUACAGGCAUAACUGAUAUCAAUUCAGAGAUUGAUUGGAUAUUUGAGAUGAUUUUUGGAUAUAUUAUAAAUAGUGAUCAAUCAAUUCCAAUUAAAGUUGAAAGUUUAAUUCUAUUGUCUAGUCUAUGUAAAAAUUAUUUUGAAGCAAUUGUUGAUAAAUUGGAUUCAAUUGAAGCCAUAUUAAAAGCAUCAUUAAUAGAAAAUUGUUCAGAUAUUCGAAUGCAAGCUGCUCGAACUGUCGAAAUUUUGAGUAACACUUUACAAGAGUCCAUUAAUUCUGAAGAAACAUCAAAGUUGAUUUCAAAAGAAGAUUAUUUUAAGUUUUGGGAUGCAGUGAUUCCAGAAGUUAUAAAACUUAUUGAAGAUGAACAACAUAGUCAGUUAAGAAUGGCGGGCUGUGAUUGCCUUGGAAGUAUUAAUGAAAAUAUAUUUGAAAGGUUGUCACGACCUACCCAAAUUUUAGCCAUUACUUUGUUAUUUACAUCAACUAAAGAUAGUGAAAGUCGUGUACGUGGGGCAGCAAUACGUGCUAUUACAAGAGGUAUUUUAGAGGCAGGGCGAGAAGAGGACUUUGGACUAAUGGCUGAUAUUACACAAUCGGUUUUGUUUUUAAUUGCAGACAGUUCACUGUUUGUACGAACCAAGGCUGCGUGGGCUUUAAGUAAUUUAACGGAUGCUCUUUUAUUAAACAGAGAUAUUGAUCAAAAACCGACGGAGGACAUGCCAAAUUGUAUGUAUAAUGAUUUAUUAAAAGCAGCGGUUCAGGCUAAUAAAGACAAUGAUAAAGUAAGGUGUAACAUAAUUCGUGCUCUUGGAAAUUUAUUACAUUUAUCAACUCCUCAAAUGUUGAACAAUAAUGGUUAUAAAACAAUUUUUAUUAGUGCAAUACAUGAAUUAGUAAAAAAUACAACAACUGGCCGUGACGUCAAGAUAAAAUGGAAUUCAUGUUACGCAAUAGGAAAUAUGUUAAAAAAUGAACAUAUAUAUAGCUUUGUCAAAGAAUGGGAAGGAUUAAUUUUCCCAUGUUUAAUUAAAUCGGGCCUUCAAUGUAGCAAUUUUAAGGUUCGAAUUAAUGCAUCACUUGCCUUAUCAUCACCAUCAAAACGUGAAUAUUACGGACUAUAUUGGCAACCAAUAUGGAAUGGAUUAGUAGAAGUACUUAAUGGAACGCAACAUAUUGAAGAUUUUAAAGAAUAUAAACAUCGAGAUAUGUUGGUUGAACAAGUUUGUUUUACUUUAGCACAUUUAAUAUCCGUAGCUGACAUUGAAGAUCUACAAUUUGUUUGUGAAAAUAUUGAUCCCCACAUAGAUUUUGUUCAAAAUCAUAUUUCGAAAUGUUACGAACAAGUUUUACCAGAAAAAGCUGCUGUGUUUUCAUCAGCAAUUAUUAACUUAAAUGUCCUAAAGUAUUUACCUACUCAAACUGUUUUGCAAUCUUAA